UUCCUUCCUUCCUUCCUUCCUUCCUUCCUUCCUUCCUUCCUUCCUUCCUUCUUCCUUCCUUCCUUCCUUCCUUCCUUCUUUCAACUUUGCAUCUGAAAUAAAACUGGACUAUGCAAAAGGGGGAGGAGAGGAAGAGCCAGGGGGAGUCAGGAUAAGCCAAUCUUACAUUUGAAAAUGACAAUGCAGCAGUGAAAGGAGCCUCUUUCUCUCUCUCUCUCUCUCCCCCCAACACACACACAUGCACACGCACACACGUACAUCCCUUGCCACUGGAGGAAGUUGUUGGCUGGAUGUGUGGGUAACUGUUCUUUGGAUUGUUGCACAGGAUUUGGACUUUGAAAUGGACCCAGCAUGAAUGAGAUUACAGAAGGCUGGGUUAAAGGAAUUCAAGAACUAUUAGAUGAGGCUGAGCUGAGCUAUUGCUGACUCCACAGUCUACGGUAUUUCAGGAAGAAUGGACAAGCUCUUGGGAAGGAUGUGGUUCCAGCUGCUUCUGUUCUCCCUGCUUUUUAUCUUAGGCCAAGGAAAGAAAAUUAACCGCUGUAUGGCUUCUAGGGCAAAAAGCUGCACUGAAUGCAUCCGAGUGAGCAGCAACUGUACUUUUUGCACAGAUGAGAACUUCAAAAAUACCCGCUGUGAUUUGGAAGAUAAUCUAAGGAGCUAUGGCUGCCAAAACAACAUAAAACUGAAGUCUGGAGAGUUAUUAAAGACAAGGGAUUUCCAAAUUGAUACAACUUUGAAGAAAGCACAAGUAUCUCCCCAGCACAUAUCACUCAAACUGCGACCGGGUGAUGAAGUAAACAUUGUCAUGAAGGUGUUUGAGCCCGAUGAAUUUCCUGUGGACCUCUACAUUCUUAUGGAUUUUUCACAUUCCAUGUCUGAUGACUUGGACAACCUGAAAGAAAUGGGUCAGAACCUUGCAAAUUUCUUGAGGGAGCUGACGGAUGACUAUACUAUUGGUUUUGGAAAAUUUGUGGACAAAGUUACAGCACCACAGACAGACAUGAGGCCCACAAAAUUGCGGGAACCUUGGCCUAAUGCUGACCCGCCUUUCUCUUUUAAGAAUGUCAUCCGUCUAACCAAUGAUAUUAAUAAAUUCAGCCAGGAACUGAUGGAGGAACGUAUAUCAGGGAACUUGGAUGCUCCUGAAGGUGGCUUUGAUGCUAUAUUGCAAACAACUGUUUGCAAGGAGAAUAUUGGAUGGCGGAAUGACAGUGCUCAUCUCCUGGUCUUCUCCACUGAGUCGGCUUUCCAUUAUGAAGCUGAUGGCGCCAACGUCCUUGCUGGAAUCCUGAGAAAGAACGAUGAAAAAUGCCACCUGAAUCAAGCAGGGACUUACACCUUUGAUACCAAGCAGGAUUACCCCUCUGUGUCUACCCUUGAGCGCCUGCUGAGGCUGAGUGACAUCAUCCCUAUUUUUGCGGUCACCAACCACUCCUAUGAUUAUUAUGAGAAACUGCACACAUAUUUUGCAAAUUCUGAAAUUGGGAGGCUUCAAGAAGAUUCUUCUAACAUUGUGGAAUUGAUCCGUUCGGCUUUUAAGCGGAUUCUUACCAAGAUGACUGUUCGAGUUUAUGAUAUCCCAAAAGCCAUGAAAACUGAAAUAACCUUACAAAAUAAAAUUAGAGUGUCUGGUUCAUUAAAUAAUGUUCAAGGUGUAUUGAAAACCUUCAAUGUGCAUUUGAAAACUAAACAUUUUGAUGACAAGCAUAUCUGUGAUCUCCCAGAGAAGGAACGGAAAGGUAUUAUCCACAUUAAGCCCUCUUCUUUCGGUGACAAAAUGGAGAUUGAUGCCUCAAUUCUCUGUGACACCUGCUCCUGUGAAAAGAAUCAGGAAGUUAGAUCACCAAAGUGCUUUAACAAUGGAAAUUUUGUCUGUGGACAAUGUGUGUGCAAUUCAGGCUGGCAGGGGAACCUGUGUAAUUGCUCAACAUCCUCCAUUACUGAUACUUCAGCCUGCACACGACCUGGAGAUAAAGAACCCUGUUCUGGCAGAGGCGAAUGCCUUUGUGGGAUCUGUCAUUGUUAUUCUGAAGAUCUCACCCAGCGUUAUGAUGGACAGUAUUGUGAAUUUGACAACUUGCAGUGUCCCCGCACUUCUGGAUUCCUCUGCAAUGACCGAGGACAAUGCUACAUGGGCCAGUGUGCAUGUGAAGCUGGUUGGGAAGGCCCUGGCUGUGAAUGUCCCACAAGCAAUGACAUUUGUGUCAGCAGCAAUGGGCUGAUUUGUAAUGGACGAGGGAGAUGUGAAUGUGGUAGAUGCCUCUGUGAUAACCCCACUGCCCAUACUGGUCCCACCUGUGAAAUUGGAUAUUCGGCUUUCCAGCGGGUAUGUGAGGAAGAAUUCCGAAGUUGUGUCCAGUGUCAGGUUUGGCAGACUGGAGAGAAGAAGGGACAGAAAUGUUCAAAGUGCCAGUUCAAGAUCAAGCUGGUGGAUGAAUUGAAUCAAGGUAACAAGUGUACCUUUCAAGAUGAGGAAGAUGAUUGCAUUUACCAUUACACUAGGGAAGAAGACACCAAUCAAUCACAGAACAAUACUGUUCUUGUACAAAAGAAGAAAGAGUGUCCACCAGGAAGUUUUCUUUGGCUUAUACCCCUACUCAUUUUUCUGAUAUUACUCCUGGGGUUGCUGCUCCUCCUAUGCUGGAAAUACUGUGAUUGUUGCGAGAGGUGUUUGGCGUUGCUACCCUGUUGUCCACAAGGUCGUAUGGUUGGUUUCAAGGAGGACCACUAUCUGCUCAGGCAGAGUCUGAUGGCAUCAGAUCACCUGGACACCCCAAUGGUGCGCAGCGGUAAUUUGAAAGGGAGAGACAUAGUCCACUGGAAGAUCAGAAACAAUGUGCACAAGCAAGACUACUCAUCCUUCGCCCUCAAUCCCAAAGAUAUCAUUCCACAUGGGCUCUCUCUCAGAUUGACACGGCUCUACACCCAAAAUCUUACAAAAUUGGAUAGCCGUGAACAUGAGCAUGUGCAGAAAGAGGUGGAGGAAAAUCUGAAUGAGGUGUACAGGAUAAUCCCAGGUGUCCAAAAGUUCCAGCAGACAAAAUUCAGGAUUCAGCCAAAUGCUGGAAAAAGGCAGGACCACACGAUUGUGGACACAGUGCUCCCAGCUCCCCGCUCAGCCAAGAAUGACAUCAUCAAAGUAACAGAGAAGCACGUCUCACAAGGAGAGUUCAAUGAAUUAAAAGUGUCGCCUGGCUACUACACUGUGAUUGCUGAGCAAGAUGCCCACGGCCUGGUUGAGUUUCAGGAAGGGGUAGAGUUGGUGGAUGUUCGGGUUCCCCUCUUCAUCAGGGAAGAGGAUGAUGAUGAAAAACAGCUGCAAGUAGAUGCUGUGGAUAUUCCUGUGGGCACUGCGCAAUUUGGUCGUCGCCAGGUCAACAUCACCAUAAUAAAAGAGCAAGCAAAUAGCAUCAUUAGCUUCCUGGAGCCAGUGUAUUCAUACAGCCGCUUUGACCAGCUGGCUAAGAUCCCUGUGGUUCGAGAAAUAUUGGAGAAGGGAAAAUCCCAGAUAACAUACAGGACACGAGAUCUCACAGCUCAGCAAGGCAAAGAUUAUGUUUCUACGGAGGGUGAUCUGAUCUUCCUGCCUGGAGAGAAGCAGAAGGAAAUGCAAAUCAAAUUGCUGGAGUUGACAGAGAUUGAUACCCUCCUUCGGAACCAGCAGCUGAAACAAUUCGCAAUAGAUCUCAUCAACCCCAGGUUUGGGGCAAAAGUUGGCAAAUAUCCUCAAACCAUAGUGACAAUUUUUGACCCAGAAAGUGUGCAUGAGAUAUCAUCAGAGGUUCAGUUUCCAUAUUCUCCUAGAGGCAUUCUUGCAGCACCUCUUAAUCCAAAUGCCCAAGCGUUAAGCUCUAGAAAGAUCCGCUUCAAUUGGUUGCCCCCUCCAGGCAAACCAGCAGGAUACAAGGUGAAAUAUUGGAUCCAGGGAGAUCCUGAAUCAGAGGCUCAUCUGCUUGAUUCCAAAGUACCUUCGGCAGAGCUGACCAAUCUGUACCCCUACUGUGAUUAUGAAAUGCAGUCCUGUGCCUAUAACGCUUUGGGUGAAGGGCUUUAUUCUAAGGUCGUCCACUGUCGGACACUUGAGGAAGUUCCCAGUGAGCCUGGGCGCUUGGCUUUCAACGUCAUCUCCUCUACCGUGACGCAGCUGAGCUGGGCUGAGCCUGCAGAAACAAACGGCAUAAUCACAGCUUAUGAGGUCAGCUAUGGACUCGUCAACGAGGAAAACAGACCCAUUGGCCCCGUAAAGAAAGUCUUGGUGGAGGAACUGAAGAAGCGGAUGGUUCUGAUUGAAAAUUUACGGGAAUCACAGCCUUACCGCUAUACAGUGAAGGCCAAGAAUGGAGCUGGAUGGGGGCCAGAAAGAGAAGCUACUAUUAACUUGGCUACACAGCCAAAACGCCCUAUGUCCAUUCCUAUCAUUCCUGAUGUACCAAUAAUUGAUGCACAAGGAAGAGAAGACUAUGACAGCUAUCUAAUGUACAGCACAGAUGUAUUGCGUUCACCAGCUGGUAGCAAGCACCCCAGUGUCUCAGAUGACUCUGGCUCUCGGUGGAAAUAUGUGCAGCUGCUGGGGGACGAGCUGGACCUUCGUCACGUCACCUGGAGGCUUCCAGUAGAACUGAUCCCUCGUUACUCGGACAGCAGUUGCUUUUCCUCGGACACAGAGGGUUUCCUCCAUGAGGGUAGCACCCCCUCUGAGCUAGUGGACAGUGAUGCAACCAGCGGCAGCCUACCAAGGAGUGGGACUUCCCAGCCCCAACCAGAACAUCUGAUGAAUGGCCGACUGGAUAUUGCCUUCCCUGCUGGUAGUGGAAGUUUAACCCGAAAUCAUCUAAGUCCACAUGUAUACCACGAGAGAAGAGUGAUCGGAAACUCAUCGCUAACAAGAGAGUAUACUACGGUGUCUGGACAUGACCCAUCCAAGAAUGUUUUCUCUCCCAUGUGUGAAGAAAGUAGAAGGAUACCCCAGAUCCCACAGGAUGUGGGCUUUAGGAGGGCAAAUGUGAUGGGUUACUCUGACAGCAGUGAUGCUCGGGAUUCUAUAGUCAUGACUGAUGGGCCUUCUUGGAUUUCCAAAUAUCUAGAUUCUAGAAUGCAGCUUCUGAAUGUUCCGGACACUCCUACUCGCUUGGUGUUCUCUGCCCUGGGGCCAACCUCCCUGAAAGUCAGCUGGCAGGAACCCCACUGUGAUAAAGAAGUACAAGGAUACAGUGUGCAAUACCAGCUUCUCAGUGGAGGCGAAAUAAAACGACUUACAAUUCCCAAUCCAAUGCAGAACUCUGUGGUAGUGGAUGAUCUAUUACCUAACCACUCCUAUGUCUUCAAAGUGAAGGCCCAAAGUGAUGAGGGAUGGGGUCCAGAAAGAGAAGGUGUGAUAACUAUUGAGUCACAGGUGGAUCCACGCAGUCCUCUCAGUCCUGUGCCAGGGUCACCAUUUACCCUGAGCACUCCCAGUGCCCCAGGGCCUCUCGUAUUCACAGCCCUGAGUCCAGAUUCGCUUCAGCUAAGCUGGGAGAGACCCCGCCAACCCAAUGGCUUAAUUCUGGGCUACAUGGUCACUUGUGAGACCCUGCAAGGUGGAGGGGAACCCAGGACUAUCUAUGUGGAGGGGGAUAACCCAGAGACCACCCUUACAGUGCCUUACCUGAGUGAAAAUGUUCCAUAUAAGUUCAAAGUGCAAGCCAAGACCACUCAAGGCUUUGGCCCUGAAAGAGAGGGUAUUAUCACCAUUGAAUCUCAAGACGCAGGAGUAUUCUCUCAAUAUGGAACACAUCAAUUCACCAGGGAGGAAGUAUUCAAUCUCCCUACAGAAUACAACACCCAAACAAGCAUCACUCAUUCCCUACUGGAUCCUUUAUAUGCAGAUGGGAUGCUGAUGACUACUCAGCGAGUGGAGAGUGGCGGCACCCUUACCAAACAGAUCACCAAAGAAUACAUCACCAGCACAAUGUCCAGCAAUAGUGGGACAUUCUCCAGACAGACAGAGAGACAAUUCUAUGAAGCUUAAAUCCACAAGGAAACUGCCAAAAAGACACUCAAAUUUCAACAACAUGUUCUGUGGCCAUCUUUCAGAUGGAAGCAGAUGGCAUCCUCUGUGCUCCAUUAGCCCCCAAAGCUACUCACUGGCCACUGCUUUUGAAAUACCACCAGGUGGUAUCUGCACACAGCCUAGCUGGUAACCUAGCAUCUUGUGAAAGGAGCUUUUAGCAGAAUACUUGGUUAUAAAACUCUCUUGGCUAGUUCUACUCUUGAGUCCAACUCAUAAGUAUCUGCUUUGCUGCUCUGGAUUUGGUUUGAAAUCUUUACCUCAGACCAUUCCUUUUAACUUUGCAUAUUUUAACUGGAUUGUUUCCUCUUUGUUGAUGUUAAGAUCAUCCUCAGUUUUUUUUUCUUCUGAGCUCCGAUAACAUCCUGUUUGUCACAUACAUUUCUUGCAAUGCAGGGGAAUUAGUCUAAUUGUUGUAUGUAUGGUAAGUACAAUCCCCUGCUGUGCAGUAUAUAGGAACUCACUGGCAGAUUAACAAAAAUACUGUUGCCUAUUUUAUGAUGUAAGGUUGCUAAAAUACAGUAGUGGCCAAAAUUGUGGAAAUACUUUGGGAAAAGUAUACAGUAGAAAUGCCACCUUUGGUUAAGUUGCCACCAAUUUUUCUUCUAAUUUCUUUAUAACUGUAGCCUUGUUCGCUUAAUAAUACUAUUUUACAUCGCUUUUUGGGCAAUCAGUCAACUCUUUGUAGCAUUACUUUAAUUUUAUUACGUUUUACAAGCUCACUAAAUGAAAGAACACAAAAAAACCCAACCAACUUGAUAGCAAUCACA